CCGAACGUCGGCGGCGGGCGCUGACUCAAUGACUGACGGCGGAGGCCGGUAUUCCCUGCUGCAGCUUGGGCGGAGCUUCUGGCGUCGGGGCUUAGGACGUCGUUUGGAAGUGGCCGGUAUGUCCUUACUGGCCUUUCUGGCUGGAGCACUGGGCAUUGGCCGCUUCUUAGAAAAAGGUCUUCAAGACCGAGCAAAGGACCGCGAGGAGAAUGGGACCCACCUCUACGCUUUUGUAUGAGCCGUGACCCCGUCUCGAGCGGGUUGUCAGCCGAGCACUCUCCGAGCUCGUUCCCAGCUUUCGGUCUCCGCAGGUCCCGGAGGCGGCUCCCGGGGCCUUGUGCUCACCCCACACCGCGGACACUCAGGUCCCAGGUGCCCCCGCCCAGGGCUGGCCUGAGGAGUCGGCUGAGCCCGCUGGACCGGCUUUCGUCGCCGCCUCUUGUCGUCCCACUCUGCCCACUGGGCCCCAUGGCGGCGCCGGAGCUGGCAUUGGUAUCAUUUGAAGAUGUGGCUGUAACCUUCACUGGGGAGGAAUGGAGACAUCUGGACCUGGCCCAGAGGACCUUAUACCAGGAGGUGAUGCUGGAGACUUGUGGCCUCCUGGUCUCACUGGGGCAUCCUGUUCCCAAACCAGAGCUGAUUCACCUACUGGAGCAUGGGCAAGAACUAAGGACAGUGAAGAGAGGCCUCUCCAGAAGCACUUGUACAGGUGAAAAAGCAAAACCUGAGAUCACAGAGCUUACUGCUUCUCACCUGGUCCUCACUGAGGGAGCCCCUUUUGAGGAACAAGUGACACAUGGAGCCUCAAGGCAUUCCAGGCUGGAGCAAGCAAGGGAUCAGGAAGAACUGUCAGAAAUGCAGGAAGGGAACUUGAGGCCAGGAACAGACAUCCACAAGGAGACAUGCCCUAGGAAGUUAAGCCAUAAACAUGAUGACUUUGAGACAGAUGAUAGUCUUUAUUUAAGGGUUUUACAGGAGCGAGUCACUACACGAGAUGCUCUGCAUGAACGUGAUUCCCAAGAACCAAGAGGAGACCCUGUUAUUGAUGAAAGGAAUAAUCUCUACAGAUGCAAGGAAUGUGGAAAAGGUUUUAGCAAGAAUUGGGCCCUUGUUCGGCAUCAACAGAUUCACGCUGGAGUGAAGCCUUAUGAAUGCAGUGAAUGUGGGAAAGCCUGUCGUUAUAUGGCAGACUUCAUUCGACAUAUGAGGUUUCAUACUGGGGAAAAGCCAUACAAGUGUAUUGAGUGUGGGAAGGCCUUCAAACGCAGGUCUCACCUCACAGAGCACCAGCGUAUUCACACUGGAGACAAGCCCUAUGAGUGCAAAGAGUGUGGUAAAGCUUUCACCCACCGCUCCUCUUUCAUCCAGCAUAAUAUGACUCACACUAGAGAAAAGCCCUUUUUGUGCAAAGAAUGUGGGAAAGCUUUUUACUACAGCUCUUCCUUUGCUCAACACAUGAGGAUUCACACUGGAAAGAAACUUUACAAGUGCAGUGAAUGUGGAAAGGCCUUUACUCACCGCUCCACUUUUAUCCAGCAUAAUAUGACCCACACAGGAGAAAAACCCUUUUUGUGCAAAGAAUGUGGAAAAGCUUUCUGCCUGAACUCAUCCUUCACUCAACACAUGAGGAUUCACACUGGAGAGAAACCCUAUGAGUGCAGCGAAUGUGGAAGGGCCUUUACUCACCGCUCCACUUUCAUUCGGCAUAAGAGGACCCAUACUGGAGAGAAGCCCUUUGAGUGCAAAGAAUGUGGGAAAGCCUUUUGUGACAGCUCUUCCUUAAUUCAACACAUGAGGAUUCACACUGGUGAGAGGCCCUAUGAGUGCAGUGAAUGUGGAAAGGCCUUUACACACCAUUCUGUUUUUAUCCGACAUAAUAGGACCCAUAGUGGAGAAAAACCCUUGGAAUGUAAAGAGUGUGCAAAAGCAUUUUACUAUAGCUCUUCCUUUACUCGCCACAUGAGGAUUCACACUGGAGAAAAGCCUUAUGUAUGCAGAGAAUGUGGAAAGGCCUUUACCCAACCUGCAAAUUUUGUUCGGCAUAAUAGGAUCCACACUGGAGAAAAACCCUAUGAGUGCAAAGAAUGUGAAAAGUCCUUUUGUGACAACUUUGCCUUAACUCAACACAUGAGAACUCACACUGGAGAGAAACCCUUUGAAUGUGGUGAAUGUGGGAAGGCCUUCAGCCAUAGUUCAUCCUUCAUUCACCAUCGAAAGAUUCACACCAGAGUUUAAAAGAUGUAACAAGGCCUUUUGCAAAUGUGUUCACUUCAGUCAAUUUUAGUGAACUCAUACUGGUGAAAUACCUUUCCUUUUGAGUAUAACUAUUCAGGGAAGUCUUUUGGCCAGAGAAAUAUCUUACUCAGUAUCUGAAGAGAAACAUCAUAAUUUUCAUCUCUGUGAAAGCUUUUUGUGGCAGGUCAUCUAGAAAUUGACCCAGCCUGCAGCUCUACACUACACCUGAGAAUCAUCCACGAGAGAGACUCAGUGGUUGUCAUGCAUUUGAGGAAAAUGUCAGCAACAGUUCUUCCUAUGUUUAUACUAUAAAUCCAUCUCAAGAGUAUUUUAAAAGAACAAAGAGAUGCAGAAGAAAGGAAAGAGAAAUGCAUGUGUGGCUGCUUUCUGAUUUCCCUGCCAGGCUAUGACAGUUUGUCAAUUGUGUUUGUGCACAUGCAGAGGGGAUGAAGAGGGAGAGGUCAAAAGGCCUCAUCACCUUUAUGUGUUUUCUUAUAUAUCCAUAGUCAGGAGAAUUGGACCAUUGGGGCAGCUCUGCUAACAUUUAUUAAAAGUUCUUUGUUACAAAACACUGUCAUGUCUACCCUUGAAUAUAAGGCCUGAGUCAUGAAAUACAUAUACAUACACACCUACAUAUGCAGUCAAUUCUUCUAAUUCAUGGUAGUUAUAUUCUAUAAAUUCACCACAAACACUGAACUAGUGAAUACUGAACCAUUGCUCCUAGUGGCAAUACAGGUUUAAGUUCCUGUGAGCCUCUGUUCACAUUUUCAUCAACCAAUCAGUACAUAAUCUUUUUAUUUAUUUUUUUUUUAAUUUUUUUUUUUGGCUGCAUUGGGUCUCCAUUGCUGUGCAUGGGCUUUCUCUAGUUGUGGCAAGCGGGGGCUACUCUUUGUUGCAGUGCAUGGGCUUCUCAUUGUGGUGGCUUCUAUUGUUGCGGAGCAUGGGCUCUAGGCAUGCAGGCUUCAGUAGUUGUGGCAUGCGGGCUCAGUAGUUGUGGCAUACAGGCUUAGUUGCUCUGCGGCAUGUGGGAUUUUCCCGGAGCAGGGAUUGAACCCAUGUCCCCUGCAUUGGCAGCGGAUUCUUAACCACUGCACCACCAGGGAAGUCCCAAUACAUAAUCUUUUAUGGAAUUAUUUUCUGUUUUUAAAGACACUUUAUUUAAUAAAUGUUUCUUAUGUUACAUCCAAUAGUUCCUUAUAAUAAAAAAUAUUUUAAUUAUAUCAUUUUUGUGUAUUGUUACUGUACUGCUUUAACUUUUUCACUCAGUCACACAUACAAACAAUACACAUAUGCAGUACUCAUAUAAAAUAAACAUGUAAACACUAUACAGUACACUGCUCUACAGUACAGUCAUGCAAAGAAAGUCCUAGAAACAAUUAAAAAUUAACCAAAAUUAAAAACAUUAACUAAAACUCUGAUUUUGAUAGAACUGCAGGAUGUGUGAUGGGGCAGUGCCCUGAGUGGAUUAAUCUCCUGACCUUGGCUUGACCCAGGAAAACCAAAGGAGAGGUUGUUGCCUUGUUUUGCCAUCUCUUCCAGGUCUUUGUUGGUGGGUUCCACUUCCUUCUCUGCCAGAAUUUCUUCCAUGUCUUCUGUCAUGUCAUUGAAGCCUUUUUUACUUAUAUGCCAUGUGAUAUGCAUUAUGUGUUUGACACUGUCCUUUAUAUUUUCUGUAACACCUUCAAAGCCUUAGAAAUUUUUCAGGCAGUCUGGCCAAGCAUUUUCCUAACAGUUAAUGAUAGUAAUCUGCUUGUUAUUAUCCCAGGCUGUGCCAACACAAUAAUAGUGCAUAUGGUGACGGACAUCUAGUAGUCCAUCAUAGUGGUUUCUUUUAUUUAUUUAUUUAUUUAGGCCACACCAUGCACCACGUGGGAUCUUAGUUCCCUGACCAGGGAUUGAGCCCGCACCCCCUGCAGUGGAAACACAGUCUUAACCACUGGACUUCCAGGGAAGUCCCAUGGUGGUUUCUUUGUUGGUGUUGAGAACUUUGCUAAAAAGCUCCCUCAUGUUGUGCUUUUAUUAUGUCCUGAUUGAGAGGUUGGAUAACAUGUAGUAUUUAGGGGUAUGAAAAGAUCGUUUAGGUUGGAGUGGGUAUUUUCAAUGCUGUCUUGUACAGUUUUGUUUUUUUUGUCGGUCUUCAUCUCAUGAAUCCACAGCUUUUGCCACUUUUCCAUCUUUUUCUUAGAUUCAUUACACUACUAUAGAUGUUACUUUUGUUGCAGGAAGGGGGAUCCCUUCCAGGGCCCGAGAGUGGGCUCUUGUCUAACACUUGGAAAUGCGUUGUCUGAGGAGACACACAUGCUGACAAAGCAAGAGACUUUAUUGGGAAGGGGUUCCCCGUGUGGAGAGCAACAGGGUAAGGGAAACCAGGAGAACUGCUCUGCCACGUGGCUUGCAAUCUUGGGUUUUAUCGAAAUGGGGUUAGUUUCUGGGUUGUCUCUGGCCAGUCAUUCUGAUUCAGGGUCCUUCCUGUUGGCACAUGCAUUGCUCAGCCAAGAUGGAUUCCAGUGAGAAGGAUUCUGGGAGGUUGGAAGGACAUAUGGACUGGUGUCUCCUUUCUCCUUUUGACCUUUCCCGAAUUCUUCCAGUUGGUGGUAUUCUGGUGGUAUUCCGCAUUCCUUACCAGGACCUCCUGUUGUAACUCAUACAAGUGGCUACUAUCUUGCCUGGCCAGGGCAGUCAGUUUCAGUCAGAGUUUCCCCUGACACUUUUAACAUUUCUGGAGUGGCCACAUGUAGAGACUGGUGAAUUUCCUCUUCCUAGUUUUGGAUGUGCCGUAUUGUUGAUUCAUUAACAUUGAACUCACAGCCAAGAGCUGCAUAAGUCAUGACUGAAUGAAGCUUAUCUAACACGUGUAUUUUCUCUAUCAUAGCCUUCUUGCACUACAAACACUAGACAGCACUUCAACACUGUGCUUGGGGGCCAUUUUCAACAGCAAAAUCACCCAAAAAGCACAAAAAUUCAAAAAAGUGUGGCACUAAAGAGAUUGCGAAAAGGACACUUUAUAAUAUGAAAGCUGACGCCAGAAGGCAGAGUGACACCGUGUUUGACCUUAGCUGGUAACAUGCAUGAUGGGCAACUUCAAAUUUUUUAUCACUCUGCACAUGUCUGCAAAUGACUGCAAAAAUGCUAUGAGUAUUGAUUUGGGAGUUACAAAUAAAGUUCAGUGAAUAGGUGAAUUCGCAAAUAAUGAGGAUUGCUUAUUAAAGAUCACUGAUGAAUUUUGUUAUUUUUUUUUUCUCUUGGCUUCAUUUGGAAUAGUUUCUACUGCUACAUCUUCCAGUUUCCUAAUCUUUUCUUCUAUGUGCACUCUCCCCUUCAUCCCAUCCAGUGUAUUUCAUAUCAUAAUUUAUAGUUUUUAUCUCUUUUAGUUGGAUUAGGGUCUUCCUUAUGUCUUUCAUGUCUCUACUUCACAUGUUCAUUCUUCUAGCUUCUUGGACAUAUGGAAUAAAUUUUUCUGUUUUAAUGUCUUCUACUUUUACUAUCUGUCAUUCUGCACCUGUUUUUUUUAAUUGAAAUAUAGUUGAUUUACAAUGUUAAUUUCUGCUGUUCAGCAGUGAUUCAGUAAUACAUAUAUAUAUCCUUCAUAUUCUUUUCCAUUAUGUUUUAUCACAGGAUGUGAAUAUAGUUCCCUGUGCUAUACAGUAGGACCUUGCUGUUUAUCCAUCCUAUAUAUACUACUUUGCAUCUGCUAAUCUCAAACUCCCAAUCCUUCUCUCCUCCACGCCCCCCUUUCCCUUGGCACCCACAAAUCUGUUCUCUAUGUGACUCUGUUUCUGUUUUGUAGGUAUGUUCAUUUGUGUUGUAUUUUAGAUGCCACAUAUAAGUGGUAUAUGAUAUUUGUCUUUCUGACUUACUUCGCUUAGUAUGAUAAUCUCUAGGUUCAUCCAUGUUGCUGCAAAUGGCAUUAUUUCAUUCUUUUUUAUGAAUUGUGUGUGUGUGUGUGUGUGUGUGUGUGUGUGUGUGUGUGUAUACCACAUCUUUAUCCAUUCAUCAGUUGAUGGACAUUUAGGUUGUUUCCAUGUCUUGGCUAUCGUAAAUAGUGCUGCUAUGAACAUAGGGGUGCAUGCAUCUUUUCAAAUUAUAGUUUUGUCUGGGAAUAUGCCCAGGAUUGGGAUUGCUGUAUCAUAUGGUAGCUCUAUUUUUAGUUUUUUGAGGAACCUCCAUACUGUUUUCCAUAGUGGCUGCACCAAUUUAUAUUCCCACCAACAGUGUAAGAUUGUUCCCUUUUAUCCACACCCUCUCCAGCAUUUAUUAUUUGUAGACUUUUUAAUGAUGGCCAUUCUGACCAGUGUGAGGUGGUACCUCGUACUUUUGAUUUGCAUUUCUCUAAUAGUGAUGAUGAGCAUGUUUUCAUGUUGUGCCUGUUUUAAGUGAUUGAUUUUUCUUCUCAUUUUGGGUUAUAUUUUCCUGCUCCUGUGUAUCACUAUUUAUUUUUGAUUGGAUGUCAGACAUUGUGAUUUGGGAAUAUUUUUGUAUUUCUGUAAAUAUUCUAGUAGGGAGACUGGCAUUCUUGCAAAAAAAAUUACAUAAACAAAUGUAAACUGACAACUCCGACAAUGCUUGUGAAAGAUGGAGUCCUCAGAAGGACCAUCAAGACCUCUCUCAAUUCUCUGCAUUUAGGCACCUGUGGGUCUGCCCUCAUAUAUGUCUCCUAGGGGUUCAAGUGAUCACUGUGAUCAACUUUUAUGUUUUAAUAAAAUGAAACCUUAUCAAGGCUA